AAGUACAUCUCACAGUACGAGUAGCGUACUCGUACUUCGAAAGGCAAGAAACCGGCCGUCCCGUCUCGGUCGUAUCGUACGAACUGUACGGUACGGUACAGGAGUGCUUUGUUUCUCGUAACGUAUGUGCGGUACGUGCUACAUACUGUACUACACUGUACAGAACAGCAAGCAGGUGCAUCUUCGUUUCAUUCGCCAUCGUGCCGGUACUGCUGUACGGUACGGUAUUGCCGGUACGUAACCGUUCGCAGUUCGCGCGGUAGCAGUUCCAUCCAGGCACGCAUUGCAUUGCACUUGUUGGUUCUCUUUCUUGCGGAGGGCGAGUUGAUGCCGAAGACGAGUCCUGGUCCGAAGACGAGCCCGGGUUCCAGCGAACAACGAGACACCUACAGUGCCAGGGUGCACCAGCUAAAGACCAAAAAGCGCCGCCUCGAGAGAACCAGCACCAGCGCCUUCGACGAUUCGAACACGAAGCACCACUCGGUAGAACAAGAACCGCUGCAAGCGUCGCUUCCACCACCCAAGCCCCCACCGCUUCCCACCGCGGCUGCUGCCAGGAUCCGGAAGCCCUCGCUCCCUGCCACUACCAUGCGCCGGAUCGGAACCGCGGUGGGGCGGGCGGCCUCCCCCGUCGUGGAAGCGAUGGACGUGAACGCCAUCCUGGAGCAGGUCGACGUCAACGAGAUCCUGCAGAACAUCGACGUCAACGCCCUCCUGGAACGCAUCGACGUCAACCGGUUCCUGGACGGGGUGGACUGGAACCGGCACCUGGAUCGGGUCGACGCCACCCGACACCUCUCCAGGGUCGACUACGACGCGCUGGUCCAGAAGUCCAACCUCGAGGAAAUCAUCGCCCGGUCGACCUCGGGGGUCAUGAGCGGCUUUACCAGCAUGCUGCGGACGCGGAUGGCCUUUGUCGACCAGUGGGGCCAGCGGAUCUUUCGGUGCUACUACUGCAACUGCAACACCAAAAAGGAUCGCAGGCGGAGGAAGAAACUCGGCGAGGACGGCCACCCCAAGGAGUACCUGCCUCCCCGGCCCGGCCGGCCGGAGGACUCCCGGGACCUCUGGAAGAACCCUAGCAAGCUGGACGCGCAGUCCUUUGCCAGAACCAUCCAGUUCCGGACCAGCGGGGCCCUCAACCGGCUCGCCUAUGGCAUCAUCGAUUCCCUCAUCAUGUGGGUCACCUUCGCCAUCGGGACGUCGAUCAUUCAGCGGCUGGGAGCCGCCUUUACCGACGAUAAGGACUGGACGAAACGGUUCCCCGUCACGCAGGCGUGGUGGUUCGAGUACUCGAUCUAUUUCUGCGCCAACAACCUCUACUGGAUCUUUCUGGUGGGGUGCUUCGGGAGGACCAUCGGCAUGUGGACUUUGGGACUCCUCAUGGUCUCCAAGAACGGGAACCGCGUCUCCUUCUGCCAGGUGGUCGUCCAGGCCUUUCUGACGCCGAUCAACCUCUUCACCUUUGGCUGGGCCAUCGGCUUUGUCCGGCGGGACGGGGCCUUUCUGAGCGACCUCAUCGGGGGCGUCCGCCUCGUCUACGCCUGGGACGUCCGGCACAUUGCCGCCGACACGGCCGACAUUGCCAUGUCGAUGAGCGAUUUCGUGGACCCCCUGACCCAGACCGAGCGGGAGGACCUUAUCGACGACGACAGCAGCAGCAGCGAAGACGAUGACGGCCAGGAGGACGGCAGCUACCACGGGAGGAGCGGUGCCAUCGAGAUCUCGGACCUCUCCCGCUCCAGCUACUGCGAGGGCAGCGAGCACUCCGCCUACUUUGAGGCCGUGGACGUGGAAAAGAGAUAGGGACGGGACGGGACACCGCCACGACACAACUCGAACAGCCGCCCGCGGCGUGCCGAGAGGAUCCCCCGGGAGUUAGGGGAGGAUCGGUACCGUAGCACGGGGAGAGGAACAAGGGAGCGGCGCAGCGGCCUGCGGUGAAGAUCGCGUGGUGUCGGAAGAGUCAGUAGUUGAAUUUGGAGAGGACUGUCUUUCCGGCGACCAUGCUCGUCGAACCCACCGACAAUUUCGCCGCACGCCUGCAAAGCACGUACAGUGCCACUCAAUUAGGUACUUAACGGUGAAUCAAUGAUAAAAUUUUUA